AGCAAUUGAAGAGAAAGAAAGCCAUUACUGCGUGUACUGGUAGAGCUCGAAUGAAUGAUGCGAUGGCCAAUCACCCACACUACCGAUCCCAGUUCGGCGACACCACAUUAACCAAGGUGUUCGUGGGAGGACUAGCUUGGGAGACGCCCACUGAAGAAUUGCAUAGAUACUUCGAGCAGUUCGGUGAUAUUCUUGAAGCCGUUAUCAUCAACGAUAAGCAUACUGGGAAGUCUAAAGGCUAUGGAUUCGUCACUUUCCGUGAUCCAGACUCAGCAAGAAAAGCUUGUGCGGAUCCCAAACCGACAAUACAUGGUAGAAGAGCAAAUUGCAAUAUUGCUUCUCUAGGACGGCCUCCGCCCCCACCUUCAUCUCCUCGAGGAACGAACUUAUCGGUGCAAGAUGGUGGUAAGGAAGGCACAGUACGAGAAAAGCCGGCCUACAAUGGAGUUCCGGCAGCGGCAGCGCCACCUUCUCUGAUGUACUCAGCAGCGUAUAGCUAUCCAACCUACACUACUGAUUACGGGUAUCACCAAGUCAUGUUGUCCAACCCACAAGUUCAACAGCCACGAUACUAUCAACAAGUCUAUGGACAAUCACAUUCACAUUACUAUGGGUAUUCUGUUCAAACACCAACGGCUACAUUUUUCACUCCCCCCCGGGCAGAUCGCUUCCCAGCUGGUGCCUCCUAUCCAUACUACCCUACACCCAUGCAAGGCUAUUGUCCUCCUCUACACUUCCUUUCCCCUACUGAUAUUGUGAUGCAUUUCACUGAUAUGGGGUUUGGCUGUGACAUGUGGCUGUGGGGGUCACAUGGAUUCUCGGACCCAGCAGUGAAGCUCCUUGGAGACAAAGCUGGAGUAGUUAUAACUUCAGAAAGUGCCAAUGGCCGGGGGAAGAACUGA